GAGCAGAGCGUGGUUGCCGACGGCUUUCUGCUCGACCAUGUGAAGGCUCGGCUGCGUGAGCAAGGCUUCCCCGUCUUCAAGCUGCAGCUGCUUUGCGGGUCGAUCACCAUCUCAGAGACCGACACCUGGGAGUCCCUGACGCGCCCACGGGAGCUUGCGGCGGCCUUUGUGGACUUUAAGGUCAUGCGGCACCACCUCACACAGGAGCUCCUGACGGCAGUGGCAAAGCAAGACCUGGGUCAGUUGGAG